GGGCGAAUCAGUGGCCUGCCAUGCCGCCUCGGCCAAGCCUCUGCUUCAUGCGAAGCUCCGUGCUAACGGCGCUGCUUAGCUUCCUGUCGCUCUGUCUGUGCAUGUUCUCGUUGAUGUAUCCAGCGUGGCUGCAGCAGUCGUAUGCGCCAUCGAACGACGCCGCCGCCCCCAUAACGUACCAAGGCUUUGGUCUGUUUGCGUUCUACUCGACCAACACCCUCAACACUCCAUUCUACGCGUCAGUCACGACCAUGUUCUUUGCCGACUUUUGCGACGGGUAUGCAUCAGGUCUUCCACCGCCAAACUGGAUGCUUGGAAACGCUGCCGGCUUCCACGAAGCCAUUUGCGACACCGCGUCCAUCGUGUCGCAGUACGUCAUGUAUGCCGCCGCCGGCUUUGCAGCCAUUGCCCUUGUUGCGGCCAUCGUCGCAUGCUUCGUACCUGUAGCGGGGACGGCCGAGCGCACAGUGUCCUUGUGCACGUUCAUGUCAUGUAAGCUCCAUCAUCCCGUGUCGAAUCCUCAAACGAUUGCUUCUGUAGCGCUGUGCUUGGUCUCGGUGUUGGUGAUGUGGAGUGUCUGGUUCCAGCAGAAGCUGCUCAGUAUCGAUGUGAUUCAGACCACAUAUAGCCAAUGCCAUUUCAAAGAAAAAGUAUCAUCGUGGAACUGCUGGUUCUACGGGUACAGUUUCUGGGUUGCUAUUGGGGCUGUCGUGAGUUUAUUGUUUAGUACGUACGCCAGUGCCGCCGGGCGAGUUGCCAAGGUAAUAAUACUAUGCAGUCUAGUAUAUAUAUAUAUAUAUAUAUAUAUAUAUAAUAACCCCUAGUUGAGGCUAUAUCUAUAUAUAUAUAUUAUCCUUUGAAAUAUACUUCAGAGCGAAUAUUAUAGUAUUCCAACGAUGUGUAUCGAUCGACUUGAAGGCGAUGUGUUUAUACAUCCAUUGACCCUUGUUGAUACUAUUUAAUAUAUAUAUAAAUAUUAAAUUGUAUAUUAUAGAUAAAUAUAUGAGUAGUAUGAAUAUGUACAUCACACAUAUGCUGAUUGUUGGCAACUUAUUACGUCGAUCGUGGUGCCCACAUGCUAUUAUAUACUCUUUGACCCGAACUAUUUGUAUUCAAAAACCUCUCUGAAUCGAUGUUAUCCUAUUAUAAUAGAAUAUGAAUUCAUUUUAAUUCCGAAUUGAAAUAGCUGCGCCAAGUCCGCAAAGUAUACGAUCAUCAGCUGGUCGUUGCGUUGCAGGAGUCGGUGGCGCUCACCGCCGCGGGACUUCCGACGCUGCAAAAUGACACCCGAUUCCAACUGCUAUCUCCAGGGAAAGAUGAAAAUAAUCGCGCUCUGGCGAUGGCUUUGCGGCAGUCGAAAGAAGCGCAUGAUGUGGAACUCGCGAUGGACGAAUCUCUGCGCCAGCAUCAACUGGACCAGAACAACUCGCCGUGGAUUAUUUCUCAAAGAAAUCUAUCCAAGGAUCAACCCCGAGGACUGGACUCGCAGAAAAGAUUGGGCAACUUGUAUGGGUAGUUUUUACUUUGUUGCUGCCUCGGCAAGGUCAUCGAGAUAUCUAAUGUAUAACUAGUAAUACUAUUCUUCAUGUGUGA